UCCAAAACUAGGUAGGUCUAUCUUGGUCGUUCUUUGAAUACACCCUAGAUUCAAAGAAGAGAGUGGAUUCCGAGCACCUUCGGGCAUUGAAUCAAUUUCCUUCAUUUUAUCUUCUUACACACCGUUUCGGCCCCAAACCAAUCAGAAAUGGCUGUCAAGAGCACAUUACUAUUGUCCCUAACCCAGUUUCACCUGCAUCUUCUUCUCUUUCUAGUGUUGCCCUUCUCUGCAACUCCAUUGACCUUCAAUUUCCCCAACUUUCCCCCUAAUGUUACCAGCGAUAUAUUAAUGGAGGGAAAUGCUUCCGCCGACGGUUCCCUCCGCCUUACCAAAAGCGACGAUGCAAAGAAUUUGAAGAACAGCGUUGCCCGAGCCACCUACCGCCAGCCCUUCCUCCUCCGUGAAAGCUCCACGGGGAAACUCGCCGAUUUCACCUCAAACUUUACAUUCAUCAUCAACUCUCGCGGCAAUCCGUCGAAUGGCGACGGUCUCGCCUUCUUCAUCGCGCCAAAUGGGUCGGAACUCAACUCCACAAUCCUCUCCGGCAGCACUCUCGGCCUACCUGUUAUAAACCCGCUAGAUACAGAGUCUAGUUAUCUAUUCCCGUUUGUGGCGGUGGAGUUUGACAUCUACAACAAUUCGCGGACGUCGGUGCAAGAUCCUCCCGACGACCAUGUCGGCAUUGAUGUCAACUCGACAAAGUCUUUGAUCACAGGGAUUUGGAAUGGCAGUGUUGUGAAUGGGGCAAACAAUAGUGCUAUGGUUAGCUAUGACUCUGUGACCAAAAAUAUUAGUGUUGCCUACACAAGUUAUGUGAAUGGUGCACCAGUAAUGAGGUAUGUUCAUUUCAAGGUGGAUUUGCAAAAGUGCUUGCCGAAUUUGGUCAUCGUGGGUUUCUCGGCCGCAACGGGCGCUGUGACUGCUCUGCAUAAGAUAACCUCUUGGAGUUUUAGUUCAACCUUACUGGAAGAUGAAAUCAGCACAUCAGUUGAUUCUGCGCCAAUCACACCCACAUCAGGAAAUGUCAACAUUGGUCUAGUAGUUGGAUUGGUUGUUGGAGGUGUUGUUAUCUUGGUGGGUGUGCUGGGUGUGCUUUGGUUCAUCUUCUGCCGGAAGAGGAGGAGAGCAACUGGGGAAAGCACUGAUGAGGAUUCUAGUCAGCUUAAUGAUUUGGACCUUCAAUUCGAGAAGGGGACGGGCCCAAGGAAGUUUUCCUACAAUGAAUUGGCCCUUGCAACUAGUGAUUUUGCACAGGGACAAAAGCUUGGGGAAGGAGGGUUCGGUGGAGUUUACAAAGGCUUCAUCAAAGAUCUGAACUCGUAUGUUGCUGUUAAGAAGAUAUCAAGGGGGUCUAAACAAGGGUUGAAGGAGUAUGGUGCAGAAGUGAGUAUUAUUAGCCGGCUUCGGCACCGGAAUCUAGUUCAACUCAUCGGUUGGUGUCAUCAAAAGAAACUCCUACUUGUCUACGAAUUUAUGCCCAAUGGUAGCUUGGAUGCUCAUUUGUUCAAAGAAAAAAGCUUGUUAACUUGGGAGGUAAGAUACAAAAUUGCACAUGAUUUGGCAUCGGGUUUACUCUAUCUACACCAAGGUUGGGAACAAUGUGUGCUACAUAGGGAUAUCAAAUCUAGCAAUGUUAUGUUAGAUGCAAACUUCAACGCUAAACUUGGUGAUUUCGGGUUAGCCAAACUUGUAGACCAUGGAAAACUAUCCCAAACAACAGUUGUGGCCGGAACCAUGGGCUACAUGGCUUUGGAAUAUAUUACAACAGCAAAAGCAAGCAAGGAAACAGAUGUCUACAGCUUUGGAGUAGUUGCUUUGGAAAUAGCAUGCGGGAGAAAACCCAUUGAUCACAGCUGUGAAGAAGAGCAAAUCAAUAUGGUGGAAUGGGUGUGGGAGCUCUAUGGAGAAGGGAAAAUCAUUGAAGCAGCAGACCCAAAAUUGUGCGGAGAAUUUGAUGAGAAGCAAAUGGAGUGCUUAUUGAUUGUCGGGUUAUGGUGUUCUCAUCCGGAUCACAAUUCUAGACCUUUGAUACAACAAGCAAUCCAAGUUCUUAACUUCGAACUUCCACUGCCCAAUCUUCCAUUGAAGAUGCCCGAGGCCUUUGCUCCUCUGUUAACGCUAUCGAUGUUUCGUAGUGGUGACACUACUGGAGAUCAAAGUGAGUCUGCAGGAUAUGGUUCUACCAUCAACUCCUCACAGUUGACCAUACCCUCUACCACAAAUUCGAAUACAUCUGCAAGUUAACGGAUUAAUUUAGCAGUGAUCGAGAUAUCUAGUAUGAUAAAAUUGUGUAUUACAUCUCCCUAUUCUUUUGUAACUUUGUAAGUCCGGAUACAGAGAGUCCCAUUACAAGAUAGAGAAGUUUUAUAUACAUUCUCCAAACCUCUCA